AUGGCACCAACGAAAAGACCAAACUUCCUCAUCGUCGUCGCCGACGACCUCGGCUUCAGCGACACGGGACCCUACGGCAGCGAGAUCGCCACGCCGAUCCUGGACCGGCUGGCCGCCGAGGGCGUCAGCAUGACGGGCUUCCACACCGCCUCGGCCUGCUCGCCCACGCGGUCGAUGCUGCUGUCGGGCACCGACAACCACAUCGCCGGCCUGGGCCAGAUGGCCGAGUUCAUGCGCUUCAGACAGGACUACCACGGCCGCCCGGGCUACGAGGGAUACCUGAAUUUCCGCGUCGCCGCGCUGCCAGAGAUCCUGCAGGAUAACGGGUAUCUGACUCUCAUGUCGGGGAAAUGGCAUCUGGGCCUGACGAAAGAACAAAGCCCCUCAGCGCGAGGAUUCGACAAGUGUUUCGUCUACCUAGCCGGCUCAGGGAACCACUUCAACAACGAGCCCCAGCUGGACCGGGACGACUACGGGCACUCGGCCCUAGACGGGCGGAAGCUAUGGAUGCGGGACGACAAGUUCCUGGACCGGAAGAAGGACGUACCGCCGGACUUCUACUCGACCAAGUCGUACACGGACGGCAUGCUGGACUACCUGGAGAACCGGACCGCCGCGGAAAAGGAGAAGCCCUUCUUCGCCUACCUGCCGUACACGGCACCGCACUGGCCGCUGCAGGCGCCGCAGGAAGUCGUCGCCAAAUACAGAGAAGUCUACAGCGACGGGCCCGAAGCCCUGCGGCAGCGGCGGAUCAAAGCGCUCAUCGCGCGCGGGCUGGUCCCAAGGGACGUCGAGCCCGCGCCCAUGGUCGGCGACGUGCCGAAAGAAUGGGACGAGAUGAAUGCGGUUGAAAAAGUCGAGUCGGCGCGCAAGAUGGAGGUCUACGCCGCCAUGGUCGACCAGAUCGACGCGCACCUGGCGCGCGUGGUGGCGCACCUUGAGACGACCGGCGAGCUGGACGACACGUUCGUGCUGUUCAUGUCGGACAACGGCGCCGAGGGCAAGCUGAUGGAGGCUAUGCCCGUGUCGGCGGGUCUCCCGCUCGGCGAGAUCAUCGGCCGCUUCUACGACAAUUCGGUGGACAACAUCGGGAAUGCCGACUCGUUCGUCUGGUACGGCCCUCGCUGGGCGUCGGCGGCCACGGCGCCGAGUCGCGGGUGGAAGUCGUGGACGACCGAGGGAGGGAUCCGGUGUCCGUGUAUCGUGCGGUACCCCCCGUUCGCGCAGUCGUGCGGCACUGUGACGCAUGAGUUCACGACGGUCAUGGAUAUCCUGCCGACGAUCCUCGAGAUGGCCGGUGUCAAACACCCAGGGCCCCGGUUCCGCGGCCGCGACGUCGUGACGCCCCGGGGCCGCUCGUGGGUGCCGUUUCUCGACGGCCGCACGAAAAACGUGCACGAGAACGGCAUGCAGGACGUGACGGGGUGGGAGCUGUUCGGGCAGCGGGCGAUCCGCCGGGGCGACUGGAAGGCCGUGUUCACGCCCGGGCCCGACGAGUGGGAGCUGUUUGAUUUGUCCAAAGACCCGGGCGAGAUACGUGACCGGGCGAAGGAGGAGCCAAGGAUCUUGCGCGAGCUGAUGGUGGAGUGGGAGAGGUACUAUCAGGAGACGGGCAUGUAUGAUCCGGAUGUGGAGGAGAGCCGGGCGCAGGUGAAGGCUUCGCUUUGA